AUGACGGGCUCUCACAGCUCCGCUGCAGGCGCAAGCAUAUCUCAUCCAACCCCAUCCAGCUCCAAAACCAUCGUCAUCAAACUCGGCACAUCCUCCAUCAUCUCUGAGUCCACUCAACUACCCAAGAUUGCAAUCCUUUCUUCUCUCGUCGAAACAUGUCACAAUCUUCGCUCGCUCGGGCAUCGCGUCGUCAUAGUGUGCUCUGGUGCUAUAGGUAUGGGUCGAAUCCGAAUGCAUAUCACAGAGAAACCCAAAUCCAUGGGCGAACGACAAGCACUUGCAGCUCUAGGACAGCUCCGACUUAUCGCAUUGUGGGAUUCGCUUUUCGGAACUGUUGGGAUUCAUGUUGCCCAGGUCCUGUUGACGAGGAACGACAUUGCGGAUAGGCCGAGGUACAACAACGCACGGACGACGCUGAAUACGCUACUUUCGCCUCCAUUCAAUGCAAUACCAAUCGUGAACGAGAACGAUACGGUUAGUGUAUCCGAGUUGAGAUUCGGAGAUAACGACACGCUGUCGGCGAUCACGGCAGGGUUGGUGGAUGCGGACUAUCUGUUCUUGUGUACAGAUGUGGACGGGUUGUAUACGGGUAAUCCGAGGAGCGAUCCGAAUGCGAGGAGGUUGGGUGUGGUAGAGGAUGUAGCUGCUGCAAGAAAGGCGGUCAGUGUUGCGACAAUGGGCUCCAGCUUUGGUACCGGUGGAAUGCAAACCAAGCUGAUUGCAGCUGAACUUGCAACAGCUGCAGGGGUAGCGACAGUGAUCUUGAAUGGUAAACAUCCGGAGAAUAUGCUCAAGGUUGUAGCAAAAGGUAUCCCUGCCCUCACUCUGGCUAGCUCAGCAACGGAGGGAAGCGCAUUCAGGAUGGAUUCAUUGGCAUCUUCAGUAAGCUCGUUGGCUUCGGAGGAGAAGGAGUUGAUCGGCUAUCCUCCCCUAGAUGGGCCGGCGCAUACAAUUUUCCUUCCGAAACGAGAGCCUUUGUCUUCCAGGAAGUGGAGUAUUUUGCAUGCUUUGCAUCCUGCAGGUGCACUUAUUAUCGAUGAAGGGGCGUUCAAUAGGAUUGCACGACACGAUUCCGGUGGUAGAUUGCUACCAGCAGGAGUAGUGGGAGUCGAGGGCAAUUGGGAGAGGAUGCAAGCUAUUCGUCUCGUCGUGCGCAGACGAAUCUCUAAGUCAAUCCCGCACACUUCAGGCUUGGAGGAAGGUGCACCCUUGAGUGCCAGUGCAAGGAGCCUCGGGCAGUACUUGCUCAGGGCUGACUCAGAGGCAGGGUUGGUAUCUGGAACAAAGACACCACCAGUGAUCGACUCGCUGAGGAAGGAUGCUAGUCUUGCUCCCAGCCCGAGUCGAGCAGGUGGUGAAGCGGUGGUACCGGCAGAAACAGUAGGUGGAGCAGAGGGCCAAGAUUGGCAAUGGCAGCUGGUAGAGGUGGGUCGAGCACUGGCGAACUACACUUCGAUCGAGAGUGAAAGGAUCAAGGGUCUCAAGUCUUCUCAGAUCUCUUCCGUGCUUGGUUAUGCGGAUUCGGACUACGUUACUGAUCAGGUUGCGCUUCAUACUCUUACACUAGCCAACCCGAUCUCAUCAUAG